AUGCCCGGCGUGCGGACCUCGGAUGAGCCGUCACCCACGCCAGAGUCGGCCCGACGAUUCGUGGACGACCUGUGCCACGGCCGCACGCGGUGGUACAUCAACGUUGCGUGCGCACCGUUUGUGCUCACCUUCCGCUCGGCCGCGACGUACCUUGCUCCCUGCAUCCAAGUCCUCGGCGAUCGGGCGCUGUCCGGGCUCACGCGCCGCGCUUGCGCGCCGUGCCUGCAUCUGUCGUGCUUCUCCUUCACCGACUCGGAGUUCCCAGCGUCGAGCAAGUCGCUGGGCACCGCAGCGGCGCCGCACGCAGAGUGGCGGCGCGGGCCUCAGCUGCAGCCGAUGCAGCGCCGCGGCACUGCGCUCGUGAGAGACGGCAUCCAGCCGGCCGAUAUCGCGCAGGGUGCGCUCGGAGACUGCUGGCUGCUCGCCGCCGCCGCCUGCCUGGCAGAGUUCCCGGGCGUGCUGCAGAACCUGUUUGAGCAGACGCACGUCUCUCCGCGAGGCAAGUACGCGCUGCGGCUCUGGGACGUCGUCGGCCAGGCGUGGAUGCGGGUCUGCGUGGACGACUUCUUUCCUUGCGACAGCCGGAACGGGCAGCCGCUCUUUGCCCAGCCCGCCGACGGCGAGCUGUGGGUGUUGCUGCUCGAGAAGGCGUUUGCGAAGUACUGCGGCUCGUACGGCGAGCUGCAGGGCGGGCUCACGCUGUGGGCGCUGCACGUCAUGACGGGCGACCACUGCUUUAGCCUGAAGCGCGAGGCGUCGCAGCGGCGCCGCGAGAGGGCCUCGCCCCGCUGA